UCGCCUGCACUUUCAGCACGCCCAGUCAUUUCUCUUGGACCGUUCCCUCUCCAGUCUAGUAGCCACACUUGCUCCAUCCCUUUUUCUCCCUGGCCCCUGAAACACACUUCCUCUCCAUUAAAAUCCGUCGUGAGCACUGGGUAACGACCGCGCGACACCAUGGCGGACAGCGCGAGCGAGAGCGACACGGACGGCGCGGGCAGCAGCAGCAGCUCCGCCACCCCGCAGUCCUCCUGCACCUCGGCGGCCGUCUCCAACACCACUACGACCACAACGAACACCGCCACCAAAGCACAGGGCGUCGUGAUCUCGCAGUCCCGACUGGAGGAGCUGACAAACCGACUCGCGUCACUGCAGCAGGAGAACAAAGUGCUGAAGAUCGAGCUCGAGACGUUCAAGUUGAAGUGCAAAGCGCUGCAGGAGGAGAACCGCGACCUGCGCAAAGCUAGCGUUACCAUCCAAGCACGGGCAGAACAAGAGGAGGAGUUCAUCUCCAACACUUUAUUUAAGAAGAUUCAGGCUCUGCAGAAAGAGAAGGAGACGCUCGCUGUCAACUAUGAGAAAGAAGAGGAGUUCCUCACCAAUGACUUAUCCCGGAAGCUCAUGCAGCUUCAGCAUGAAAAGGCAGAGUUGGAGCAGCAUUUGGAGCAGGAGCAGGAGUUUCAGGUCAAUAAACUGAUGAAGAAGAUCAAAAAACUGGAGAACGACACCAUCACCAAACAGCUCACUCUAGAGCAGCUCCGGCGUGAGAAGAUUGAUCUGGAAAACACUCUUGAACAGGAGCAGGAGGCACUGGUAAACCGGCUUUGGAAGCGCAUGGACAAACUUGAGGCAGAGAAAAGGAUUCUGCAGGAGAAGCUUGACCAGCCAGUGUCAGCCCCUCCGUCUCCACGUGAAGUUUCCAUGGAGAUUGACUCUCCCGAGAACAUGAUGCGGCACAUCCGCUUCCUGAAGAGUGAAGUGGAAAGGCUGAAGCGCAGCCUCCGCACUACAGAACUACAGCACACAGAGAAGCGGGCUCAGUACAUUGAGGAGGAAAGGCAGAUGAGGGAAGAGAACAUUCGUCUUCAGAGGAAACUCCAGAGAGAAAUGGAGAGAAGAGAGGCGCUGUGUAGACAACUGUCAGAGAGUGAGAGCAGCCUUGAGAUGGAUGAUGAGAGAUAUUUUAAUGAGAUGUCUGCUCAGGGACUGAGAGCUCGUACAGUGUCCAGCCCAAUCCCCUACACCCCCUCUCCUUCCUCCAGCCGCCCCAUCUCCCCUGGUUUGUCUUACGCCAGUCACACGGUUGGUUUCACCCCUCCAGCCACACUGAGCCGAGCACCACUCCCCCACUACACAUCUCCCGGACUACACAUCCACCCAGGACCCUCACACGCUGUACAGAGGCCAUCCCCAAGGAGAAGCACCAGUCCGGAUAAGUUCAAGCGUCCGACUCCGCCUCCCUCCCCGAACACACACUCUGGAGCCCAGCACCCCCCUCCUCCUCCACCACCCGCACAGCCAAUGGCUCAAUCUGGCUCCUCCCACUCUGUGACAUCACAGAAUCCCCCCUCUCAGCCUUAAUGCAUGCACCGUGCACUACCUUAAGCUAGGCUGCUCCAAGCUAGGCUAUACUACUACUAUAAUAACAACUCAGUGAUCCUCCACUGGGCAAAGGUUGGAAGGUUUUUGGAGCGGAUAUGGAAUUAGAGGACAGUUGAACUGGGGAACCAAAGGACUGGGAAUGUGAAAAGGGAGAAUAUGUAGAUGCUUGGCCGACUGACAGAUCCAUAACCAGCCCCAUGCCGUUAAAUUUCUUUAAUUUUACUAUUUUUUUUAUUUUUUUUUUCAAGUGAUCAAGCUGGCUCAGGAAACAAUUGGGAAAGGUUUAGAAGAUUGUACGAGAGGGUUGUCAGCUGUGUAUGUCUGCAUUUUGUUUGUAGAAAGUCUUUCCUAUGCCCCCAUUUCAUCGUAAUUGUUUUAACAGAUUGACUGUUAUAUCGAAUCCAAAUUUUACAGUUAAUAAACAACUGAAUCCCCGAUUGGAUAAAUCUUUCCUCUCAAAUGACCGUCUUCACAAAGGUUGAAAAAUAACUGAAUUUGCCGUGGGGGCGGCAGUACAUUUUUUUUUUUCUUCUUUUGUUUUAUUGUGUUUGAAUGUUAGGCCAUUUUUGUUUGUAAAACAGAUGUGUGUGUCUCUCGUUGGCAGCAUAGAUGGUAAAGAAGACAGACUGAAAUGUACUGAAACAGCACUUGUUGCCUCUCUGUGUGUGUAUUAUAGUGGGAUUAUAGUGUUUGUGUGUGCGGGUGUUUGUGUGUUUCUGCACAGCCAUAGAGGUUUCCCACGACUGCUGGUCGGGGACCAGUCUCUCCCUGCUAGAAUCCAAACAUGACCCGCUACAAAAACAAAGUCAAUACUGGUUUCUGAUCAGCAGUUCAACCUCUCUCGGAGCCUUCGCUGUAAAGUGAGUGCCCUGAAUGCUUAUUCAGAUGGGGAAUUUUGCUUAAUGCCAGUGUCAUAUAACACCUAACUAUGAAUCGACAUCUUGAUACAACAAAACAAGGUACUGUUGAACAAUAACUCAACAUGAUUAAAUGCUUGUACAAAAAAAUUAAAUAAAAAUGUGUUUUUUCUUUUUUUUCAUAAA